AUGAUUAGCGGUUCGGGAGGCUACAAAAGAGGUCUGUUCUCUAGUAAUCCUGGUGGGAAAUCAAGUGCGGCUCAGAAUGCCACGGGUGACUCUGCCACAAUCGAGGGUAAACGCAUCGUUGCGGCCAAAAUUGCCAGUUCGGUUGUGGGUGGUGGCGGAGCCCCAAUCCGGGUGAUCAAUGCAUUCCUACAGGUGCGAGACUAUCAAGGCUUGGAUCGAUACCUGAGCAAACACAAAAUCCCAACGGAUAUACUAACCUCUUCACUGCAAAAAGCCGCUAUGGCCUCUGAUAUUGAAGCGGUGGACAUAUUUGCUAAACACGGUGCCAAUGUGAACUUUGUGGAUCAAUUUGGUACCACUUUGUUGCAUUUUGCCAUGCGGGGCGGUGGAGAUGAGCAAGUGAUCAAAAGUCUCGUAGCGCAUGGUUUGGACUAUUCCACUUGGCGAAUGGAUGGAAUGCCUCUGUUGCACUGGGCUUGCAGUAUGGGCCUGCUACAACUGGUUCAGUGA